GGGGUAAUGCAGUUCGACCUGUUCCGCUGAUAUUUAUUUUCUUAUUUAUAAGCACAAUCAUGUUUUCCUUGCCUAGGUAUCAAGGAUAUGGUGUACCUUUGCUUUGCACAUGGACUAAAAAUUAGGUGGGCUUUCCACUUAAGUUCGGAAACAUCAAUGAACGUGAGAAUGUCCCCUCCCAUCGUAUCACGCCCACCUCCCUCCCCAAACUGCCAUCCACACAAAGUAAACAGGUCGAGCGCUGGUUUGCGGUUCCGAUCCCCUAUAUCUGCCAUAACGCACACGCGUAACGACUGCGUGGGAACCGCGGUAUCUCCCAGGCAAGAUGUAAUGGAGCAGGGCCAGGGCUGAAAGGUCGUUUUGACUUUGGAACAGACGGGAUAGUUUUGUAGUUAUGUGCCGGAGCACGCAUUCAAGCCGGUUUAAUUCUCUGAUUAAAGCCGAACCGUCCAAAGGAGGGAGAUUACUGCUCUUCGUUUGCUGCCUUCUGGUUUCGCUGCAUCCGAGUCUUAGCAGUCUGCACUCCAAAGCACAGCUGCUGCUUGCUGUGGAGCCUGAGAACCCAAAAUGCUUUGCUGAAGGAAUGCAAGACCUUACCUGCUUCUGGGAGGAGGAGGAUGGAGGCACUAAGGAGCAGUACAGGUUCACCUACACGUAUCAGUACACGAAUGAAAACAGCAGUGAGUGCACCGUGUCAGAGCUACCAGCAGGUGGCAGUAGGACGUGGUACAUCUGCAGGCCGUCGAAGGUCCAGCACUUUGUGCCCCUGGAUGUCCUAGUGUUUCGGGAGGGACGGCUGAUCCACAACCGGAGCCUGCAAAUUGACCAUGUCUUCCUGCUGGAUCCCCCUGCCAACGUGACGGUGACGAGGACGGGGCAGCAGGGCCAGCUGAGGGUGAGCUGGCAGCCAGUCCGGCUCGCAUACAUGGACAACAGCAUGACGUACCAGAUCAGCCACACCGUGUUUGGCAGCCGCAUGGACAAGAUAAACACGGUGCGAGCUAACAGGGAUCUCCUCCUGCAAGGCCUGCAGCCCGACACCAACUACGACGUGCGUGUGCGGGUCAAGCCCGACGGCCUUUCCUACAGUGGUUACUGGAGUGUGUGGGCACCUGCGGUCUCCAUGAAGACGCCCCCUGCUGAUCUGGAUCUGCUUCUCCUGGUUCUGUGUCUCACCAUCUCUUUGAUCAUCAUCCUGUUGUCCCUCAUCCUGCUCCUGUCCCAUCGCCGCUUUCUUCUGAAGAAGUGGUGGCCUGAGAUUCCCAGCCCUGCAAACAAAUUCCAAGGUCUCUUUACUGUGUAUGGUGGCGAUUUUCAGGAGUGGAUGGGUUUUAACACAAGUGACCCCUGGUGGAGGUCGACUGCAUUGUUCAUGGCGGAAAACCCAUCUGUACUGGAGGUGCUGUGCGAGGCCAGGUUCAGACGUCCAGCUGGUAUCGGCUCUGUGUCAUCCGGGGCUUCGGACCUCCUGACGGAGGUGGACUUAGAGGAGGAUGAAACGGCAGGGAAGGCGAGCUCCAGGUCGAUGGAGGUAUGCAGGGGGCGGCUGCACCACCUUUGGCCGUUUGAGCAGCUCCAGUUGGCGCAGAAACACCAUCCCCUACACCCUGAGCAUCCCCCACUGGAGCCGAACGACACCUACGUGUCCCUCAACCAGAACUCCCAGCCGGAGGGCCAGGAGAGCGGCCCACUGGACGACGUGUCUGAAGAGUCGUGUCCAGUGCGGGUCCCCUUCACUGGCUCAGGAACUCCAGUGUCAUGCUCAGAAUUCGGGUCCCUGAAACUGAACUCAGGGAGAGUCUCCUCCGAGUUAAGCCAGGACUAUCCCCACUGGCCAGUUAAGGGAGGGGGCUAUGUCUGUAUGACGGGGACCGAUUCGGGGAUUUCAGUGGACUACAGCCCGAUGGGAACUGGCACCACCAUGACAGCCAAUACGGGCCAGAUAUCUGCCAACAAGUAUGAUUUCCUCCCGUCCAGGUGUCCUUACUCUGGACAACCUGUUGAAUCUAGUUAUUGAGUACAGGAUAGCUGGUCAGAAACAUUCACGCAGUGUCCGCAGGACGUUCUAAAGGUUCUUGAGCUCCAAAGAGAUGGAAUUGUUUCACCGGAAACAGAGCAUGUUAUUGGUACAGUAACUUUGGCCAAUACCAGAAAUUUCUGAAAGUUCGAGAGCGUCUUUUUUUUUGAGAGGACGGUACAUUUUGACGAGUGAAAAAGGCAACCAAGGAGAAACGACUCUGCAGACAGACGCUCACGGGGUUUCUCCCAUCAUCCCUUUACAUCACCAUUUAUAUGAACCAUGCACCUGCAGAACACAUAAAUGCUGAGGUCUCUCCAGGUCGUGGUUAAACCCAUAAGCAAAAUCAGAGAAAAGCUUAAAUAUUUAAUUCCAUUUUUCUUGCAGAAGUGAAUAGUUUGUCAGCAUUACUAAGAGUCGCGAAAUGUAAUAACUAAAGCAGGUCCUGACGUAUGUGUGAAAUGGUUGUCCAUAGUCAGGAUCGCUCUGUAGGGUCCCCCUGGUGGCCAACACGCGUAUCACAUGCUAACCAUGGGCGAGGGCUGCGGGAGGCAUGGCGGCCAGUCUUGUGGCUAAGAGAUCGCAAGUAGACAUCCCAAGUAGAGCUCUGCUGUUGUACCACUGAACGAUUUGAAAUAGCUGGCAAUAAUAAAAACAUUGACAUCUUCCUCUUUUACACUGACAUACUAGCUUUAUAGAUGAUAUUAUGGGUGUUAUCUACAGCAUUCAAUUUUGUGCUUUCAGAGCAAGUAGUUCUGUAGAAUUCCAGAAAUAUUCACUUGUAAAAUGUUAGCUUCUGUAAGUAUAUUAUCUCUCAGGCAUUUGGAUGUAAACUGUAUUAUGUAUGUCUUUUAAGUACUGUUGUCUGUAAAAUGAAUUAAUCUUUUUUUACAACAUAUUUUUUUUUACCACAGAUGUUUUUGAAUAUUACACAGUGUUAAAACAUGUAUGGAUAAAAGUAAAAGGUGCUUUUCUUA